AUGAGACUGCAAGGCAUGUUACUAAGGUUGCAGCCAUAUGACCUUAAAGUAACAUACAAACCAGGCAAAGAAGUAGUGAUUGGUGACACACUAAGUCGUGCUAAUUUGCCAGACACAGUACCAGACAUGAAACCAAUAGCGGUCAACAUGACCGACUACAUAGCAGUAACACUGGACAGGUAUGCAGAAUUUCAAAGAUGCACAGCAGCAGAACUAAACGAGUUACAUACAAUCAUUCUCAAAGGAUGGCCAGACACUAGAGAAGAGACACCACAUGCAAUCCGACAGUAUUGGAAUACUAGGAACGAGCUGUCAGUUGUGGAUGGAAUAGUGUACAAGGGAAUGCGCAUUGUGGUCCCACCAACCAUGUGCAAACAGAGAGCACGCGAGUCUCUUUAUUGGCCCGGUAUGCGUGAACAAGUGGAAAGUCUAGUCAAAGACUGUCAGCUAUGCAAUGACUUUCAGAAUCGUCAGCACACAGAGCCACUAAAAUUUUACCAGCUUCCAGAGUUACCAUGGAAUGAGGUAGCCUGUGAUCUCUUUGAGUUUGAACAACAAGACUACAUGAUCACCAUUGACUACUAUUCAAAGUUUAUAGAAGUUGAUCAUUUGCCUAUGACAGACAGCUCUACAGUAGUUGACAAGCUAAAGGCGCAAUUUAGUCGUCAUGGCAUACCAUAA